UUGGGUGAAGUGGACACAUCUCACAGGUCUCCUAUGGGCUGAAGGCACUGGGCUUGGGAAUGUUUCCUGGAGGAACAGACCUUCCUGGAAUUUGACCGCAGGGCUGACCCCCACCUGCUUCCUGACUGGGAGGUAGAAUAUGAAGCCACCAGGGAUGUCUGAGGGUCUGGGACCCCAUGAUAGUGGUAAAGACCCCUUUACUCUCGCUAAUACUAGUCUUGAGAGUGAGCUGGGGGUAGGAAACCUUUAGAAAAAUCAGACUGAUCCCACAUCGUUUGCAGGUGUAGUGAAUGGAGGUAGGGGGGAGAUCCUAGGCCUCUCUUAAGUUUCCUCUUAUGGAGAGAGAACUCUGUGCCAGUCUUGUGUGGGGAACCAGAGGACCUGCUGACCAGCCUGGGGGCUUUAAAUAAAAUCCAGGGGUGUCUUUAUGGACCUUCAGAAACUCUAUGGACCUUCAGAAGCCCAGAAGGGUGCUGAAAAGAUCAUCAUAAGUCUCCACCCAGCAAAGUGCCCUUUUUCCUGUGAGGGCAGCUGCAGUGCUCUCUCUGAAACGUCAAAUGUCAAAAUCCUCCCAUAAAAUGCAUUUUCCCAUAUUGACGCUCCUGUUUGGCUGGCAUUAUGAGUAGUAUGUGCCUGGAAAAGUGGGAGCUGCCAACUCGGAUCUGGAGUGACCUGGCCAAGAGCAGGUGCAGCUGGGCUCCGGACCUUAAACCCCGGAACGCUGGAAACCAGGAACCCUCUAGGACUGUAGUUACGUGGGGAACGGGAUCUGGGAGGGACUUCCUGUUGUCCUUAAUCCCAGUCUCCACCCGUCUCCCUUUUCCCGGUGCAAGCUGCUGAGAAUCCCUUCCCAGGGGAGGGGCCCUCUUUCCGCUGGCUGAGGUGUCCCAUCCACCUCCAACUCAGCUCCUGGCCAGAAGCUGGAGGGGGUUUGGCCAACAGAAGGGGAAACAACUCAGCUGUGCUUUGUAGCUCUGAGAUAGAAAAUGUCUGCAGACUGUGGAGGCACGCAGGCUCCCCAGGACAAAGAGAGAGUCCAAGAGGUUCCAGGUCAUGGGCAUCCUUGUCAAGAAGAACCUUCUGAGUCAAAGGACAUGGUGCCUUUUGGAGCCACUCAGGAGUCACCCUACAUUAAGACAGAGAUGCAAGAGCUGCACCCUGAGGGGGCAUCACAGGAGGACAGGGCUCAAGGAGCUUGGAGUUGGAGGCGCCUGAGCCAGGGCUCUAAGGAGAAAGCUCUUUUUCUACCUGGUGGAGCCCUCCCUUCCCCCCAGAUCCCUGUGCUUUCCCACGAGGGGAGGACCAGAGACCGGCAGAUGGCUGCAGCGCUCCUGACUGCCUGGUCCCAGAUGCCAGUGACCUUUGAGGAUGUGGCUCUGUACCUCUCCCGGGAGGAGUGGGGGCGGCUGGACCACCCGCAGCAGAGUUUCUACCGGGAUGUCCUACAGAAGCGAAAUGGGCUGGCCUUGGGGUUUCCUUUAAGCAGAACUUUCUGGGCCUCGCAAGUACAGGGCAAGGGUGAGGCCUCAAGUUGGUGCCUGCAGAUGGGAGAGGAAGAGAAGAGAGGAAUGGCAGACGUGAGAAAGGAGGAGCCGACCUCAUCCCCAGCAGUCCCUGGGGAUGGGAAGUCCUUCAAGGCCAGGGCAGGAAGAGCCCAGGAGGAUGUCCUGCAGUGUGGGCGACAAGCAGCCAGUGGCCAGAGAUUGGGGCCAGCCAAAGACGACAAGCAGCCAGGUCCCCAAGAGGAGACACAGCUGGAACCAGCCCUGUCCGGCACAGGCCUCCCAGAACAACCCAGCAAGGGGGAUACAGAUACUCCCGAGAGCAGCAAGGAGGUCCUGGUCCCUGAUGGUGAUGCCUGCAAGAAGACCUACAAGUGUGAGCAGUGUGGCAAGAGCUUCAGCUGGCACUCGCACCUGGUGACACACCGGCGCACCCACACGGGCGAGAAGCCCUAUGCCUGUACAGACUGCGGCAAGCGCUUUGGCCGCAGCUCGCACCUCAUCCAGCACCAGAUCAUCCACACUGGUGAGAAGCCCUACACCUGCCCCUCCUGCUGGAAGAGCUUCAGCCACCACUCCACACUGAUCCAGCACCAGCGCAUCCACACAGGUGAAAAGCCCUAUGUGUGCGACCGCUGUGCCAAGCGCUUCACCCGCCGCUCGGACCUGGUCACCCACCAGGGCACGCACACAGGUGCCAAGCCCCACAAGUGUCCCAUCUGCAGUAAGUGCUUCACACAGAGCUCAGCCCUGGUCACCCAUCAGCGCACUCACACGGGGGUCAAGCCCUACCCGUGCCCCGAGUGCGGCAAGUGCUUCAGCCAGCGCUCCAACCUCAUCGCACACAACCGUACGCACACCGGGGAGAAGCCCUAUCACUGCCUUGACUGUGGCAAGAGCUUCAGCCACAGCUCACACCUCACCGCCCACCAGCGCACCCACCGUGGUGUGCGGCCCUACUCCUGCCCUCUCUGCGGCAAGAGCUUCAGCAGGCGCUCCAACCUGCACCGGCAUGAAAAGAUCCAUACCACAGGGCCUAAGGCCCUGGCCAUGCUGAUGCUGGGGGCAGCGGGUGCUCUUGCAGCGCCCCCAUCUACUCCCACCUAGGAGGCCGAGAAGGAGGCACCAGGCCCUGAGGAGGAGUGAGGGCAGCUGUAAUGGCAGUGAGAGGGAGCGAAGGGAGUUUGGGAGGUGCUGGCACGGGGUGGGGCACGGCAACAUGGGAACGAGUUAGGGUGAAAAGCAGGCAGGCUAGCUAUAAAUUAAAGGCCUUGGAAUUCAA